CCCUCUGCUCUCUCCUCCCAUCUUCAACACGCCUCUCUCUCAAAAAAACCCACGAGAGAUGCCUUCAUUAGCUUUAUCCGAUGAGAAGAAGAUGAAGAAGAAGAGCAAGACAUCUCUCGAAACCACCACACCAGAGCAUGUCUCCAAGAAGAAGCUGAAACUCUCUGACUCCGAUGGAGAAGAGUCAGAGAAGAAGAAGGCCAAGAGCAAGAAGAGGCGUAAGGCUUCUAGUGACUCAGACUCUGAGGUUGUGGAGCCGGAGAGUGGUGAGAAGAAGAGUAGCAAGAAGGUGAAGCUUGAGGUUGAAGUGGAGAACCCUAAUGCUGUUUCGAAGUUUAGAAUCUCGGAGCCGUUGAGGGAGAAGCUUAGGGAGAAGGGUAUUGAAGCUCUGUUCCCGAUUCAGGCCACGACUUUUGAUAUGGUUCUUGAUGGUGCUGAUCUUGUCGGAAGGGCUCGUACUGGUCAGGGUAAAACAUUGGCUUUUGUGUUGCCUAUAUUGGAGUCUUUGAUCAAUGGACCUGCGAAGAAUAAAAGGAAGAAUGGAUACGGCAGGCCACCGAGCGUUUUGGUACUUUUACCAACUAGAGAAUUGGCCAAGCAGGUGUUUGCUGACUUUGAUGCAUACGGAGGAUCUCUUGGUUUAACUUCUUGUUGUGUCUAUGGAGGUGAUCCUUACCCACCUCAGCAGAAUAAACUAAAGAGAGGUGUUGACAUUGUUGUUGGUACCCCUGGUCGUAUCAAGGAUCAUAUUGAAAGGGGAAACCUUGACCUGACUUAUCUACAAUUCCGUGUUCUUGAUGAAGCUGAUGAAAUGUUGAGAAUGGGUUUCGUUGAUGAUGUUGAACUUAUCUUAGGUAAAGUGGAGGAUCCUAAAAAAGUUCAGACGCUUCUCUUCAGUGCUACCUUGCCAUCAUGGGUUCAAAACAUUGCGUCUAAGUUUCUGAAACAAGACAAGAAGACUAUUGAUCUUGUUGGUAAUGAUAAGAUGAAAGCCAGUAACAGUGUCAGACACAUUGCUCUUCCCUGCAGUAAGCAAGCCAUGUCUCGCUUGAUUCCUGACAUCAUCAGCUUAUACAGCAGUGGAGGUAGUACAAUCAUUUUCACUGAGACUAAAGACCAAGCUUCUGAGCUUUCUGGUUUGUUACCUGGUGCAAGAGCUUUACAUGGUGACAUUCAACAAGCACAGCGUGAGGUUACUCUUGCUGGAUUUAGAAAGGGAAAGUUCUCUACAUUGGUUGCUACAAACGUUGCUGCUCGUGGUCUAGAUAUCAAUGAUGUUCAGUUGAUUAUCCAGUGUGAGCCUCCACGUGAUGUUGAAGACUACAUCCAUCGUUCAGGCCGAACAGGAAGAGCUGGCAACACUGGAGUUGCGGUUAUGUUGUAUGAUUCUAGAAAGUGUGGUGUGUCAAAGAUUGAAAAACAAGCUGGGAUCAAGUUUGAGCAUGUCUCUGCUCCACAGCCUAAUGAUAUCGCCAAAGCUGUUGGUAUGGAAGCUGCUGAGAAGAUCACACAAGUCUGUGACACUGUGGUUCCUGCGUUUAUGGCUGCUGCUAAGGAGUUGUUAGAGAGUUCUGGUGUGUCUGCAGAAGUGCUCCUUGCAAAAGCUCUUGCAAAAACAGCGGGCUUCACUGAGAUUAAGAAAAGGUCACUUCUAUCAUCAAUGGAGAAUCAUGUCACACUACUUCUUGAAGCAGGGAAACCCAUGUACACACCAUCAUUUGCAUUUGGGGUGCUGAGGAGAGUCUUACCAGAGGACAAGGUUAAUUUGAUAGAAGGGAUGACUCUUACAGCAGAUGGACAAGGUGCUUGUUUCGAUGUUGUGCAAUCAGAUGUAGACACGUUCCUUGCAGCUGCGCAAAAGAAUGCUGGAAGUAUGAGUUUGGAGGUUGUUAAGGAGUUGCCUAAACUUCAAGAGAGAGAGCCAGUGCAGAGAAGAUAUGGUCGUGGUGGUGGCCAAGGUGGCAAUAGGUUUGGUCGUGGUGGAGGAGGUGGUGGUAGGUUUGGUCGUGGUGGUGGUAGAGGCCAGAGAUGGUGAAAACUCUAAAACCAAUGAUCAAAAGUUUUAUGGUUUCACUACUAUGCCAAAAUCUAUUAUGUAUUUUUUUUUCUUUAAUUUUCUAUGAACAACUUGGGGAAGCUCUUUUGAUGUUCCCCUAUCAAUUUUGUGUUAUUUGAAUGAUAAUGAUGAAAAAAUUAUUAUUUUAUCAUUAACACUUUUUCAUAGUUUAUGAUCUUCCCUA